UUAACUUGUUGAACAAACGUUUAAGUAAUGAUUUUACUUUAAAUCCUUUAAAUCUUAAUAAAAUUGAAAACAUGGCGGUAAAAUUUUGAAGUUGUUAUUUAAUUGGUAAAUUAUAGUAAUGGCGGAAUUCAAGCGUGAAAUGAAUUUAACUGUGCUAUAAUCUUGGUUUAUUUAUGAAUACAUCAUGGAGAUUAGCUUCAUUGUGUUGCUUCUUUAUCUAAGAUUGGCGCAACCUCAAGUGAGUGUCGGAGAUGUGGUUGCUGUAAACCCGGCCCAGAUAAAUGUUAUUAUGAUGGUUACUGCAAACAUGGAUGCCUAGAAGGAUAUUCUGGUACGGCGUGCACUUUGAAAUGCAAGUACAUGAACUGUAAAAGGUGUGAACGUAGUGAUGGCUCCUAUUGCCGUGAGUGUAAGACUGGUUUUUAUGACAACAAGUGUGAAUCUUCAUGUGCACUUAAUUGUGAAGGGUGUCAUAGGCAGGACGGUCAGUGUUAUUCUUGUGUGAAAGGACACUGGGGAACACAUUGCAACAAUGAAUGUGGUGAUCAGUGUAAAACAUGUCACCGAUGGGGAGGUUGUGCAGAAUGUAACACAGGGUAUUAUGGCUCUAAAUGUGAAAAGAACUGCGGAGACUAUUGUGUCAGAUGUGAUACUCAAAACGGAUGUUCUGCAUGCACACCUGGCUAUUAUUCCAAUAACGGAGUAUGUAAGCGUUGUCGAAAGAAAAACAUUGGGUGCACCUGUACGUCAUAUUACAAUUGCGUAGGUUGCACUAAAGGUUAUUUCCUACACAUAGACUAUUGUUUACAAUGUCCUCAUCAUUGUACAUCGUGCAUUAGUUCCACGCAGUGUACUUCUUGUACGGAAGGUCGAUUUGGAAAUAUAUGUCAACAUCAGUGUACAGGUGACUGUGUCAAUGGUAAUUGUGAUUCAUCGAAAGCUACUUGUCAGUGCAAUGCUAAUUAUGAAGGCGAGAAAUGUGACCAGUGUAUCGCUAGAUACUCUAAUAACGGUUGCAAGCAGAGGUGUUCCGUAGGCUGCGUCAACAAUGAAUGCGACGCUUCGGGAAGAUGCAUUCAAGGAUGCAUUCAUGGAUACUGGAAACCAACAUGUCGCAUAAAGUGUAAUCCAGAAUGUUUAUCGUGCAAUCAAGCAGAUGGGUCGUGUUCACAAUGCAUUAACACUACAAAAUAUGGGCAAAACUGUAUUCAGGAUUGUAGCAAUACCUGUAAAAAUUCCAUUUGUGACAUUACUGGAAAGUGUACAAAUGGAUGCAAUACAAAUACAUUUGGAAAGAAAUGUGAGAACACAUGUGAUGAACAUUGUAUUAAACGGGACAAUAACACGCUUUGUUCAGAAAAGACGGGAAUGUGUUUAUACGGCUGCGAGACUGGCUAUAAAGGAACAUUUUGUCCUCAAGGUAAAACUGGCGUAUUUUUCAAUAUUUUUUCAAAAUAAUCUUUUCACGUAAUUUGUUGUUCAUAAAACAUAACGACUCUGUAAAUCAGAGCAAAUAUUCAUAUCUUAAGAUAUUCUUUGCAGAAUAAACUAUACAUGUUGUGCAAUUCUUUAUUCACAUGGUCUAUAUUUCAUUUUACUACGGACAUCGUCGUCAUUGAAAAAGAAGAGGAAAAACAAAUAUCGUCAACAAUACCUGGUGGAGCAGUCGUUGGAGGAGCCGUAGCUCUUGCUGUCAUUGUUGCUUUUGGACUAGUUUUGCUUCGCAGAAGUUUCAGACGUACAAAUUCGAACAAUACAAACACAACACAUAACCAAGAACCUGAGAACUCUUCAUUGUACGCAACGAUGAACAAAGAAAAAGCUUACCGUGCAGUGAAUGUCAAUGAGGCUACCGACGAUGUUCACUCUGUAUCCAGGAUAAAGUAUCCCCAUUACCAGAGUCCACCACCGAAGGAAAAAAACGCCUAUCUUGGCUGAAGACAAUCUUGAAAUGGACGCAGAUAAAAUAUGGGAACCCACAGUUAUGUCUGAAAGAAAUGAUGGCGUUUAUUACAACAACGCAAGAGAAAUCAGCAAACUUAAACUGUCUGUGGUCGAUUUACCUGAAUAUGUACAAAGCGUAUGCAUAGAGGAUCUGGAAGAAGAAUUUCAGAAAAUACCGUACGGUCUCAUGAAACCUUAUGAAGUUUCACAAAUGAAGCAUAACAUGAACAGAAACAGAUACAAAGGAAUAUAUCCGUAUGAUGAUACGCGUGUUGUAGUACGUGGAGGAGACACAGACUAUAUCAAUGCAAGCUAUAUAGACGGUUUCAGGAAACGAAAUGCAUAUAUAGCUACUUUGGGUCCGACUGCUAAGCAGCUGGGCGAUUUCGGUCAAUUCUGGCGAAUGGUCUGGCAACAAAAGGUGGAGAGGAUUGUAAUGGUGACCAACUUGGUAGAGGGUCAGGAAACCAAAUGUGAGAAAUAUUGGCCGGAUCAGUAUCAAAGUAAAUUAUACGGCGAUACAGAAGUUGUGUGCACGUUUGAAAAACUGUACGCAGAUUUCAUUUGGAGACAGUUUAUGUUUUCCAAGAAUAAAGAAGAAAGAAAUCUGCAUCACCUUCAGUUCACAGCGUGGCCAGACAAGGACAUUCCUGAUAACGUCACAUCGAUUAUAGAGUUUAGACAGAAAGUGAACGCCUUACCGAGUACCUUUGACGGACCAGUUAUUGUGCAUUGCAGUGCUGGCGUAGGAAGAACAGGAACCUACAUAGGUCUAGACGUUCUGACCAAAGAGGGUGAGGCAGAAGGAGCUAUUGAUAUCCCGGGAUGUGUUCUCAAAAUGAGACAGAACAGACCCAACAUGGUUCAGACUUUGAAUCAAUACAAGUAUCUACACCAAGCUUUGGUCCAUUCAUUGACCCUUGAUUGUUCAUUGAUAAAAAUAGACUACUUCCAUGACUUUAUGCAUAUGAUGUCCAGCAAACAGGAGAUACAGAAGCAGUUUGAGAAAAUGCAGUUACACCAGGAGCAAAAGUCUGACAAGGAACAACAGGCUACGGAAAAGAAUCGGCUUCUGUUAAAAAAGAACAGAAAACACGCAGAUAUACCAGGUGAUGCCAACAGACCACGUCUUUAUUUGUUUUUGAACUUAGGCGAAUCUGAUUAUAUCAAUGCGAUAUACAUCAACAGUUUCAAAACAAAAAACCGCUUCUUGGUUGCACAAACACCGCUGCCUGAUACAGUCUCCGAUUUCAUUGCACUUGUUAUUCAAGAAAACUGCUCCUGUAUUGUCAGUAUGGAGACACAGGGGAUUGGCUUGUACGUUCCUGGUGACAAUCAAUCAUUGAUGAAAGGUGUGAUUUCCAUAUUUUCAACAAGAGAUCAAAGUACGAGACUCUUUGUAAAAAGAAUGCUGCAUUUUAAGCACGACGGAAAGACCAAGUCGGAUGUGAGAAUACCACAUUAUGAAUAUUUGGAUUGGGAUAGAAAUCACAAUACUCCGAAGUCAGCAGAACAUUUUGUUUCUUUCAUCAAAGAGGUUGCAGACGCGUCCAAAUCAUCUCACUUGAACGGACCGAUACUGGUGCAUUGUAUGAACGGCGCUGGAAAGAGCGGACUUGCAUGUGUUGUAUCGACAUUACUUGAAACACUGAGUGAAGAUAAUGAAGUCAGUGUGGUCAAUGCGGUGAGGAAAGUCAGAGCAAGACGACCACUUUCCAUUCCAAAUAAGGAACAAUUUUACUUUUGCUACGAGUGUGUUCUCCAAUCCUUGAAUGCAACAGAUACUGCUGUGUAUUACAACACAAGUGCGGAUAUCAAGAGGAUAUGAACACGGCUAAACAUGUUAGAACAAUGAACGUCGAUGUGUUGACCUAUUCAAGAAAACAUGAAUAUUUACAUGCUAGUGUUCAUCUGUCUAUCUAAACAUUGUUUUGUGAAUAUUAUUGUAAAUAUAUGCAACAGUAGAUGCAGUAAGUGUUGCUUUAAUGUUUUCUAAUCGAAUUGUACAUUAUAAUUAUUAUGUUGUUUACUAUAUAUAUAUAUAUUGUAUUAUGCCGUAUGUCAUUGAAGAAGGCACUUUGAAUACACAAUAAAUGAGAAACGUGUACAAAACCGUCACAGCAAUAAACUUUUUAUAUUUUAUUUUUAUAAAAAACUGCUGUAUUUGAACGAGCCUUUAGUAUGUUUUAAAUGUUUUUGGCGUUGAUGAAUGGUUCAAAGUAGAGAUGUUUUGUACGAAAAGAUUUAUACGUAACAGAACAUUUUAUUGAAUAUUUAAACCUUUGCAUAACUGCUGCUUCACAGCAUAUAUAAUUAGCUUAUAGAAUUUAUGUUUAUUAUCUAAAAUUAGUUUUCUGAUAGUACGCUACUCUAACUCAAUGAUAUAUAUAUGAUUAAGUGCAUUGAUUAAUCUGAAAACAGGAUUUUUGUCUGUUUACUGUAUUUACGUAUGCUAUUUUGCAUUGUAUGACAGCAUUGUACGUAUUGAACUAUUAAAUAAUGCUCCAUAUUGACUUAAUUAAAAAAUAUAUGUUGUAUAUAUAAAUUCCGAAUUAAUCAUCUUUCUAUCGGUGACUGGUUGGAUCAAGUCCGUUUGUCUGUGACGUUAUAACACACUACUUAUCUGAGCUUAAGGAUAAGCCUUAAUCAAGCUAAGACAUACAUACAUGAACCAGCGAAUUAUGUUUUUGAUAUAUAACAGUGCCUGAUUCUAAAUCAAUCAAGCAAUGAUUCUUAUAUUUUAUUCGGUUAUACAAUUGGCAUACUAUUAGUAAUGUUCCUUGUUUUCGUCUACUCUUAAACAUUAACACACAUAUCGGACAGUAGCAAGAAGAAUGGGCGUAACCAUGUGCAAUUCAAUUAUACAACAUGUUCAUUGUUAUACAGUACAAAACUACAGCCCUCAUGCUUUAAAUCACACACCUGUGUUAAAACGCUCACGUACACUCUCAAUAACUCUGGUUGUGGCUGCCGUAACCUCUACUUAUUUAUAUCCUGAUUUGCUAUCAAAAUAGAGUAUUUUCAACAGUACUUCAAUACAUUUAGGCGACAUUAAACAUUUAGGUUAAGUGUCGUCAAUAAAUGCGACAUAAUACAUUCAUCCACGAAAAACGAAGGCGGCACCGUCAGCAAAGCAUGCAACAUAAUAUAUAGUUCAAUCAUCUUAUUACCCAAAAAACACCAUAAUUCUGCCCCUCGGCAUUAUACAAAUCAAUAGACUUGAGCGGACAAAAACACAUUAAUUAAUCAUCAAAUAUUCUUGAAUCUUAGUGACAGUGUUUUGUGGUAUGAUUUCCAUCCUCAUUUGAAUAAUCAGAUGAAUGGCUCCUAGAAAUAUCAGUGUUUUACCAUUUUCAAACAUAUAGUUCAUUAUUUUGGUAUGUCGGAUUUUGGUCUCAGUCUAAAAUUGUGCAUUUUUGUGUAUUCGAUGCAUUCCCAUUUAUAUUAGCAGAAAUAAAGAUCAUUGAU